GGUAGCAUGAAAAAAUUUAAAAAAUAAAUAAAAAAAAUAAAGCAGUGUGGGCGUUUCAGGAGACUGAUGAGCAUCCCAAGCAAUCCAGUGCCAAUCUGCGACAUUGGGUCGGUCUGGAUUUUGAAAAGGUAUUAUUAAGAUGGCACAGUUAGGUUUUGGCCCAACUCACUUGGGCUCAAGCCACCACACAAACCUCCUGCACUUCCUUCUCCGUCUCUUUAAACCUGUGCUCGGCGCCUCCAUUCACAUUCCGGCCAACGCAAGAGAAAAAACGGAAGCGAAAUGGAGUAUAAAGACAAGGUCAGAAUCGCAGUGGCCAUAGCUUCUCUUGCAGCAAUUUCAAUCCUUUUCACGAGUCAGUAUCGUAGACGCCGAAAGCAAAAAUGCCUUGCAAGUUCAUGCUAUUUGCAAUCCGACUCAAAGCCUCAGUUCGCUUUCAAGCGCGUUUUAGCUGAUAACUCCUUUUCUCAGUUCAAGCACUUGAAGCUUCAAAGCUCCACUAACAAGAUUUCUUCGAAUUUGCACCCAUAUGAACCGGAGAUUACAGCUUUCAUAGAGAAUCCUCGAGUUGAAUUUGAAUUUGAUAUGUAUACUAGCAUAGAUUUGAAGGAAAUGAAUGACGUCUAUGUUUGGGUUGAAACUGAGUCUCGGUUGAAGGAGCUAGCUGAUGCAUUGAUUAAAGAGAGAUUUUUUGCUGUUGAUACUGAGCAGCAUAGCUUACGCUCUUUUCUAGGUUUCACUGCUUUAAUUCAGAUUUCCACUCAAAAAGAAGAUUAUUUGCUGGAUACGAUCAAAUUACAUGAUGCAAUGGGGAUUCUAAGCCCAGUUUUUGCUGAUCCUACUAUUUGCAAGGUGUUCCAUGGGGCGGAUAAUGAUGUUCUCUGGCUACAAAGAGACUUCCACAUAUAUGUUGUUAAUUUGUUCGACACUGCAAAGGCAUGUGAGGUGCUGUCUAAACCACAGAAAUCACUGGCGUACUUACUUGAAACUUAUUGUGGUGUAGCUACAAACAAAUUGCUCCAGCGUGAAGACUGGAGGCAACGUCCAUUAUCAGCAGAGAUGUUACAAUAUGCUCGAACAGAUGCGCACUAUCUAUUGUAUAUUGCAGCUUGUUUAAUUGCUGAGCUCAAACAACAAGACAAUGAUAACUCAACUCACCCAGAUGGCAAAUUACAUUUAACACUUGAGGCUAGUCGCCGUUCAAACAUGACUUGUCUGCAACUCUACACUAAAGAGGUUGAAGAUUUUCCCGGUGAGUCUGCUGCAUUAUCGAUUUUUUCUCGACAUUUGAACGGUCAAGGAGGUUCAUCAGUUUCAUGUGAGAUGCAGGAUCUUGUGAGACAUUUGUGCACAUGGAGGGAAUUAAUGGCUCGUUUGCAUGAUGAGAGCUUAAGAUAUGUAUUAUCAGACCAGGCCAUUGUUUCUAUUGCAGACAAGGUUCCAACAGAUCCGACAGAAAUAUGUGACACCAUUGCUCAAGCUGAUAUGAAUGUGGAUCCUAUGAAUUUGAAUUCAUCUCUGCCAUCUCCAUCCCCUGUUGUUUGCAGUCAUUUGGACGAUUUUUGUUCCUUAAUGCAGGAAAGUAAAAGCAACCUUGAUGAUAUUUUCUCAGUGCUUCUUCAAAAAUGCCUGGGUAAAAAUGGGAGUUGUCCAUUGUCUGUUUAUAAUUAUGCAUUAUUGGCUAACUAUGACAUGAGACCAACAAAUAGAUCAGUUUCCAGAAAGAAUGGGGUUAAAAAUUCUAGGCAAUUUGCUCGGAAGGCUUCAAGAGAACUUUUUGUUCAAAAAUUCUCCUGCAAAUCUCCGGUGUAUCAUAACUGUAGGAUCUAUGCAAAUGAUGGACGGUUGCUUUGUUACUGUGAUCAGAGAAAGCUUGAAUGGUACCUCCGACGAGAGCUGGCAAAACUUAUUGAUGCAAAUCCCCCUGCCAUAAUGCUUCUUUUUGAACCAAAGGGUCGUCCAGAAGAUGAAGAUAAUGAUUUUUACAUCCAAAGUAAGAAAAAUAUAUGUGUCAGCUGUGGUGAGGGAAGUCAUUACUUAAGGUAUCGAAUAAUCCCAUCAUGCUACAGAAUGCACUUCCCUGAGCAUUUGAAAAGCCAUCGUUCUCAUGAUAUUGUUCUACUUUGCGUGGACUGUCAUGAAGUUGCUCAUGCUGCUGCUGAGAAACACAAAAAACAGGUAGCUGUGGAAUUUGGAAUUCCAUUAUUUGUUCGUAAAGUGGUUGAUUCUAGAGAAGCCCCUGCUUUACCCGGGCUACCAUCAUCAAUGAUAAAUGCUGAGGAGGCAGGGGUGUCUCCUUUACAAUUGCGCACUGCUGCAAUGGCUCUUUUGCGUCAUGGAUCCAGCAUGCCACCCAGGCGCCGAGAAGAACUAACACAGAUUGUUACACAAUAUUAUGGAGGAAGGGAGAUCACCGAGGAAGAUUUGAAAAGAGCUUUGCUGGUUGGCAUGAGUCCUCAUGAAAGAAGACGAUUUGAGAAGAGAGGAUUUUCUUCAAAAUAUUCUUCUUAUAAUAUCCUUCCAAACAACAAGAAGAUUCAUGAUGCUGUUGCUGUGGUCAAAUCUUACAAUGAGAACACAUCUGAAGUUGAUACUCCAGAUGGUUCCCAAAUUAUACAAGCAGAUCCAACUGAUGUAAAGGAAGAUAAAGACUAUUUCACAGUAACAGACAACAAUUCAAGUGUCUGUUCUAAUCUACAAGUCACAGCAGUCUCUGCUAGUGCUUAUAAGGAUAUGAAUUUAGAUGAAAAUGAAAUUUCUGAUAUAAAAGAAAUUUCUGCCGUGAACACUUACGAGAAUUGUGAAAGAAGUCCACCAAAGGAAGCAGUCGGCAUAAAUUAUCCUAGACAUGAUGAAAAUGCUUUGCCUGAAAAUAAUUCGAAGUUAUCUCUGUUAGGACAUGGACCACAUGGAAAGCUAGUUGUGGAACACAUACUGAAAGAAUAUGGAGAACAUGGCAUUCAUCAAUUUUGUCGGCGAUGGAGACAAGUUUUUGUUGAAGCAACUCAUCCUCGCUUCUUACCUGCUGGUUGGGAUGUAAUGCACAGGAUUUGAUUGUGAGCGCUGUUUUUGCCAGUGGCAAAAGGGACUUCGGGGAGUUCAGCGUGUACAAUCCGGCCAAUAAUAAAUCUACAGCAAAAAGUUAAAAGAAUACAUUCACCAGCUGCCUCAAAAAUUAGAGAAUCAUUUAGGUUGACAGGUUUGAGUCCAAUUUUUUCUUUUGUGUUUUGAGUUAAAAAUCAGAUUGACAAACAACAAAAUGCUGAGUUAUUAGCCGCGGUUGUUGUUGUUGUUUAUUAUGAUUUCUUUUUUUUUUUUUUGUGGAAAAAGAUGAAUUUUGUCCAAAAAUUGAUAUUAUCCGUGUAAUGCAGUUGGCUCAUUAGUUGCAGGAUUUAUAUUUUUAUGAUCAAAUUUGCAACAUGAACUAUUGGAAGUGAUUUUGGCUGUUUA